AUGGCAUUCCCCAUCAUCAAUAGAAGAAACCUUUCAUUUGACCAAUCAAUUGUAGCCAAUGUCCUGCAAUCCGGCGCCUUUGUUGAACAUCAAGAUGUCCAAGUCCACUCCGACAAGUUCGGCGCAGUGAUCGAAAUGUGCCAGCGAUGCGUCCUCUACAAGCCUGGCCCCAAGUCAGCCAGCUCAGAUUUCUACAUGCGACUCGAGGGCGACGUCCUGCUCUCAUUCAUCAUCAAGAACACAAUCACCACAAAGCAGCUUGUUGAGGAGAUUCAAAAGGCCAACCCCACUGACACUUUACGCUGUGUGUCUGUCGUGGUGUCACCUGCUUGCAACUUGAAGCUGGUGAGACAAGAUGAACUUGUAGAGAGAGACGAGUAUCUCCUCUUCAAAAAUGGUUCCACAAUCAACGACACCCAAGUCCCCAGCAACAUGCAAGUGGUCAUUCUGAAGCCGGCAGCUCUUCAGAACCUCUUCACACCUCAGAACUGGAGGAUAUUGGCGUCCAAACCAUUCGAGAUCGAGUUCUUGGCUGUCGACGAUGAGAACGAGGACGAGGACGAGGAAGAGGAGGUCGAAGACGACAACAACUUGCAGGAUGACGACGAGGACGAGGAAGAGGAGGUCGAAGACGACAACAACAUGCAGGAUGACGACUGA